AAUCCUCAGCCCUUUAGCUUGUUUGGUUCUUCUCAAUCACGCGUGCAGGGCCGCCGAAGCGUGGUGUUUUCUCCACUUUUCACGUAUUGUAGAUCAUAAUGUAUUUACAGGCUGUGCUAACCAGAGAGCCGACUAAGCGCAGUUUUAUAAACAGUAGUAAGUGCGCGGCAAAACGUGCUAACCUCAAUCAACAUGGGAAAACUAAACCUUACUUUGCUUCGAUAUAUGUCGUCUGACGACUUCAGAGUCUUGACUGCGGUUGAAAUGGGCAUGAAGAACCACGAACUUGUGCCUGGAGCACUUGUGGCCACGAUUGCCAACCUGAAACACGGAGGAUGCCACAAGCACCUCCGAGAGCUGUGCAAACAGAAACUGCUGUCUUACGAACGUGGCAAGAGAUACGAUGGUUACCGGCUGACGAACAUGGGCUACGAUUAUCUUGCUCUGAAGACUCUCUGUUCGCAAGGAUUGGUGCACUCCGUCGGAAACCAAAUUGGUGUUGGAAAAGAAUCUGAUAUAUACGUGGCAGCAAAUGAAGAAGGAAGGGACCUGGUGCUCAAGAUUAGCCGGUUGGGCCGAGUAUGCUUCCGAAAGCUUAAAGAAAAGCGAGAUUACCACAAGCAUCGCAACAAGGCCUCUUGGAUCUACCUGUCGAGACUGGCUGCUGUGAAGGAGUAUGCAUUCAUGAAGGCCCUUCAUGACAGAGGGUUUCCAGUACCUGAGCCAGUGGGCUUCAAUCGUCACUGCAUCCUUAUGGAACUCAUCAAUGGACACCCAUUGUGCCAUGUUCAUGACUUGGAUCCAGCACAGCUGUAUGACGAGCUCAUGGACCUGCUUGUUAAGUUGGGCAACUGUGGCCUUAUACAUGGAGACUUCAAUGAGUUCAACUUGAUGCUGAACAACGAGGACAAGCCCACGCUGAUCGAUUUUCCCCAGAUGAUGUCCACGUCCCAUCCCAAUGCAGAGUGGUACUUUGAUAGGGAUGUCAACUGUGUGAGGGAGUUCUUCAAGAAGCGCUUUGGUUAUGAAAGUGAACUUUUCCCCAAGUUCAAUGACAUUGAGAGAGAUGACACCCUUGACCUUGAGACAGCUGCAAGUGGGUUUUCAAAAGAGGUCAAGGAGGAACUUGACGAGGCUGUGCAACAGAUGAAAGAAGAUUCGGAAGAGGAUUCUGGUGAUGAUGACAAGGACUCCUUGAAAGACACGAAUGCACAUCAGCCCAGUUCAUCUGAGAAAAAUGAUCGGAGAGCCAAGGCGGCACAGAAGCCGGCAAGUCACAUAAUGGAGCGUUUCAUCGCUGACACUCAACAGCAGUGCAAGGAUGAGGCAAGUUUCCAAAAUGACCAAGAUAACUGCAAAACCAUUCUAGAGGAUGGUUCAGAGACCAUUCCAGAAUCGGAAAAAGACACCCACAGUGGGGAUGCCAGCAGAGAUGUUGCACCAACUCGGGUAUCUAAUGCUGAUAUUUCUUCCCUCUCGCUGGGAGAUUCACAGGAGAAAACAAUGGGUAAUGAAGAUAAAGACAUAGUUCCAGAGCUGGUCCCAGGGGACAGGAGUGACCAACAGCCUGUGGAGGCACACACAAGGAGCGAAGACAGCAGGAGCAUCAGAACCUAUUACAGUAUGACAAGCUGCACUACAAUCGCACCUGAGGAAAUCAAAGCACGCGUGAAGAAGCAGCUGACCAGCAAGGAACGUGCACGGAGCAAGAAGGUCAUUGUGAAGGGCGAGGCCAGUGCAGUUACUCGGCAAAGGCGUGAGAACAGGGACACUGUGAAACAGGAUCUUCAUUUCUGGGGGUGAAAGGGCAGUUUGAAGCUCUUACCUAAUAAAGAUAUUGCUACGGUUCUAGCUUUAA